CCUCCUCCUCUCUGCAACUGCAACCUCCCCCAAUUUCCCCAACCGAAACCCUAACGUCUUCCCGCACUUUCUCGAGUCCCCACCCCGCCGAUCGACGACCUCCCCGCCGCCGAUGACGACGAUCAGCCUCCGCAAGGGCAACGCGCGGCUCCCGCCGGAGGUGAACCGGGCCCUGUACGUCCGCAACCUGCCGUUCAACAUCACGAGCGAGGAGAUGUACGACAUCUUCGGCAAGUACGGCGCGAUCCGGCAGAUCCGCAUCGGCACCAGCAAGGACACCCGCGGCACGGCCUUCGUCGUCUACGAGGACAUCUACGACGCCAAGACCGCCGUCGACCACCUCUCCGGGUUCAACGUCGCCAACCGGUACCUGAUCGUGCUCUACUACCAGCCCGCGAAGAUGAACAAGAAGUUCGACCAGAAGAAGAAGGAGGAGGAGCUCGCCAAGAUGCAGGAGAAGUACGGGGUCUCCACCAAAGAUAAGUAGACUCCGGUCAUGAAUCGCGUGAUUGUCUCCGGCAGCGUUAGGAGGUUUUCGAUGUGUAAAAGUAUCGGAAUGUUUUGUGGUGUGAUGUAGAUUUUUGACAGAUCAUGCAAUGAAGCCCCUUAUUUGACUUCUUCUGUGGAUAUGUGAAUUCUGACGGUGGUGGUUUAGCUAAUUUCUGUGCACUGGAACGACAUGUUGAAAUUCCGCGAAAAAAUUCACGCAGCGACGUCUCAAUGAAGCGAUUUGUUGAGUGA